UAGAAUUGAUAGGUGAGCCUCGCCUGAAACGUUCGAAUGGGUGAUUUGGCUUUGUUUGGUGAGAUUGGUGAUUAUUUCGAGUAGUGAACGUAAGUGUGAACGUGAACUUGAUCAGAUCUUGCCUUUUCCCUACGUGAUUAUAUCGAUAAGAGACUAAAAAAAUAUCGGAUUAAGUUCAGCUUGGUUCGUCGUCGAACGUGGUAGUGACAUCGAUGCUGCGAGCUAGAGAGCUGUCAGUAGUUGCAAAAUGACGCAGUAGACCCUGGACGGAACGGACUGGGAAGGACGGACGAACGAACGAUGCUGCGCUCCGCACGAUGAGUGGGAGAUUUUACUUUAAUAAUCAAGGUGUAACUUCAACAAGGCAAAAUGUCAGCUGAGUCACCGAGACGAGGGAUACACAAAGGAGCGCAAGUGGUAUCACCGCAGCCUGUCAGCGACCGGUCGAUUAUUGAAAGUGUGGCUGGCAUUAUAAAUGAUAUCGUCCCUCAAGCCUAUACUGGGACACCAACCGUCGACAACAAGGAAUCAAUAACAUGGGCUAGGUUUGAGUACGCUGACGUCAAUGACCCCAUUCUUUAUCCAGACUAUAACGAAGGUUCAAGUACACCUCCACUGUUGUUGGUCCUUGGGUAUGGGACUGGUGUACAGGUAUGGUUGAUAACUGCAUCUGGAGAAGCUACAGAGGUUCUUUCCUGGCGCCAAGGAGUUGUUCGCACUUUAAGAUUUCUCCCAAAUCCCAAGGGAAGCAAUGAGCAGAGUGAUCUUUUCUAUUCUAAGAGACCAUUGGUUUCCAUCUGUGAUUCAGCUGGCCCAGGACCGCAAUUUUGCAAUAUCGGAUUUAUUUCUCUCAAAACUGGAGAACAAGUGAAGAGCAUCAAGUUUAAAAACCCUGUCAACGACGUGCUUGCCAAUAGGAGAACUGUUAUUGUUACUUUCUCAGAAAAAAUUGCUGUCUUUGAUGCCAAAAAUUUAGAAGAUAUUUUAACAGUUACAACUUGUUAUUUGAGUCCUGGGCCUAAUUCUAAUCCUGUAGCUCUUGGAACAAGGUGGUUGGCGUACAGCGAAAAAAAAUUAAUACCGGCAAGACGGAGCAGUGGAGGGAGCGAAGGAGAAGGUACACAAAGUUAUACGGCUACUGUCUUGCAUGCUGCCAAAUCGCUUGGAAAAGGACUUAGGGGUUUGGGCGAGACUGUAGCAUCCACCCUGACAGGAAACUCGGUGCCUCCGUCAACUCCCAAUAGCGUUGGCUUUGAUACAACCCAGCCAGGUGUUGUGACCAUACUUGAUCUUCAAGCUGCCAAAGAAGAUAAAGAGUUGGAUGACGGAACAGUUGAAACAGUUCUAGCACAUUUCACAGCUCAUAGCGAUGCGAUAGUAGCCAUGACGUUUGAUUUAACGGGAGCUUUACUCAUGACUGCUGAUCGUCGAGGUCAUGAUUUCCACAUAUUCCGGAUACAGCCGCAUCCUGGUGGACCUACAUUGGCUGCUGUUCAUCAUCUCUAUGUAUUGCAUAGAGGUGAUACUACUGCCAAAGUACAGGACAUGACGUUUUCAAGUGAUGCAAGAUGGGCAGCUGUAUCGACUGUUCGUGGCACAACCCAUGUUUUCCCUGUUGCACCAUAUGGCGGUCCUGUCGGUGUUAGAACCCAUUCAACUCCACAUGUUGUUAACAGACUCUCAAGAUUUCACAGAAGUGCUGGAUUGACUGCCGACGGCACAAGAUCUCAUUCUCCGGUAGCUCACGCUGAGAUUCCAGUGUCAGUUUAUCCUUAUUCCAAUCCUCGGCUACCACCGUACCCUCAUCCAACUAUUCUUCAUCCUCUUGCUCAGAUACGCCAACCGUCUACGUUGAAUCACGUCAAUAACCAACCUCUACCCAGACCUCAGCAAAGACAACGCCUUCAAUCUGAAGACAGUGGGAGUUUACCAUUGAAAAUCUGUUGUUGUUUUGCACCGCAAAGAGCAUGGCUCUAUGCCCAAAGAGAUGCCGGAAACAAAGUGAUCAAACGUUCCGUUGACUCGUUGUUCAUAAUGGCGUGUCACGGCAACAUGAUACAAUACGACCUAGAACCGAAACCAGCGGCAGGAAUUCCAAAAGAAAAAGUCUGUGACGACACUACGAUAGAGUUAGAUGUCGAGGCCAAAGGGCAGUGGCCGUUACUCAGAUCCACAAGUUCACUCGAAAUAUUACCACCGCUCCCGGGAUCAAGUCUACUGCUCAGCAUACCUGUAACCCCAAAAUGUAAGCCUGCUACAGAGUCGAUAGAAGAUCAGUGGCUGAGUCAAGUUGAGAUCGUAACUCACGCUGGACCGCACAGAAGAUUAUGGAUGGGGCCGCAAUUCAUUUUUAAGACGUACAAUGCACCCAGUGGGGUUGCAGUGAACCUAGUCGAAGCAGAAGCUGUGGAAGUUGGUGUUACAGCAGGAUCGCGACCUGCACGGUCUAAUCCUGUUAACAUGCCGCACACUACCACAAGACCAUUGGUUCCCGUUGUUAUUGACGGAUCAGGAAGCAGCUACGAGCAGUCACCUAGGUUCCUGGAAACCUAUGAAGACUCACUGGAAAAUGAUACUGUAAGCGUUGGCGGUGGAGAGAAUCAACUCCGAGAAGAUUUAGCAGAAGCUAUGUUGGAAACAGCCACCACGCCGCACCGUGUUCCAGGGAGGCGAGUGGUAGUUGAAAGGAUGGGACAGCCCGUCACUAAAGUUGUCAACCCUCUGGGCACCGUUAUAACUAUCUCUGCCGACGAGGAAGAUAUUGUUUCCAGUGAUAAUUAUGAAAUGGACAACAACCUGGAGCCGCUCCGAAGUCUUUGCGCACAAGAGGGUCCUGCAUCACUUGAUGAUUUUAAGCAGGAAUCACAACCUGUUAAAAAUUUAACAGAAAUUUGUGCUGAAAUGCGUACAACUAGUGAUUCAGCUCUUGACUCACUUGCCAGUCAGGAUAUAAAAGAAGUUGUCGAACAAAAAGCACUGUAUGCAGAAGCAAUGAAGCUAAGAUCGAAAGAUACAGUCAACUUUGACGAAGCCGGAACUUUCAGUGACGUUCAAAUGACUCUAAAUUUAUGUGCUGAGGCUGGUCAAAUACCAGCAAGCCCAAUGACUCAAGCUAAGGAAAACCCUUGGAAUCAAAGAUCAACAUCCGCCCGAUGGAAACUGCAAGAGACUCAAAUUGCUAGGGCAAAAUAUGUUGUUAACUACGAUGAAGAUACAGUCGUUUUCACGGACAACAAGGAAACAGUAACUGAAAGAACUCGUAAUAAUGAAGAAACCUCCGAAGAAAGCGAUCAUGUUCAAAAUCCCCUCUGUACAAGCAAAUACAGUAAUAAUCCUAUCUUAGAUAACACAGUGCGUGAACAAACUAAGUGUGUUACAUCAAAAAAUUCAGGUGAAGGACAAAUCAAUACAAAAGAACUAAAGAAUUUUAGUCUACACACGGGAACUUCAUCUUUUGAUUUGACCUCAAUCAAGGACCAGAAAGAGUAUAAAGAUAAAAAAUCAAAACAAAGAAAUGAGAGUGAGAACAAGUCAUGUUUAGCGUUACAAUCCAACCAACAAGACGAGACAAACAAAGUCAAUGUCUCUACGGCCAAAGGUAUUCAGAAAUCACUACCAAUUAAAGAGAAAUUUAGCAAGAAAAAAAAUAGGAAUAAGCACAAAGAUGUUGACCGAUUCGAGUCGUCAUUUGAAACUAUCAAGGAUUCAGAAAUACAUGCGAUAACAUUACCAGCUACAGAUUCAACUUCUGUAAAUGAAUUUGGCUCCUGUGCAAAUGAUAAACUUUGUCAAUCAGACAGCGGUACAUCAAGACAGAAUCAUACUGUGGAAAAAUCAUUUUCUGAUCAGGUAUUGCAUAUCAAUGACGUUAGUGAAUAUUCGAUUUUAGAGAAAAACGAAUACAAAGACGGUGUAUCUUCAAAUCAUUCAGACGAAGAUUUGGAGCACAUUGACACGUCCGAAGUAACACUAGAUCUGGCAUUCCAAAUCAUGCCAAGUAAAAUACAAGACUUUGAAACGGCGAAUAAUCCUGGUAAAAGCCCAACGACAAAAUGUAACGAUUUACUAACGAAGCGAGAGAGAAAUUCAAGCAAAGCUACAUCUUCUGACGAUGAUAUGGAACACAUACAUUCUUCAGAAAUAUCAGAAGAUUAUUCAAGACGAGUUCAACAAAAGCAUCAAUUUGAUACAACAGGAACUGGAUCUGACGCUGAGUGCAUUAAACUUGGGAAAUCCCGAAAAGCUAUUGCACAUCAAUCUGCAACUUCUCCCAGGGUCUGUGAGGAUGGUACGUGUUCAGAAGGAAAUUAUGUUACACUGGAGACUGAUGUACACAAACGAUCUGAAAUCACAAUUGAAGACGAGUGUGCGGGGCAGCAAGUUUUCCUCAGGAAUGAAGCUGAUCGGAUCUACCCAAAGGUACUUGCAAAAGUUUUGGAUGCGGAAGAAGUAGUUGAAUCCAAUCCAGAUGUAAAUAAGGGGAAGGAAAGGGUCAAGACCACCAAAAACCGAAAAAAAAAAGAUGACGUUCUGGUCGUUGUUGUUUCUAAUACUGUGGAAAAAAAUGAGACUGCAUUAGACGAAUGCCCUGAUGAUUAUGUUAGCAGCAAAAGAAAUAAACCACCAGGAAACGUUGUAACUGAGGACAUGGAUGGGUGCGUCGAUAAAGCAACAGGUGCGCCUGCACCCUCCCGACGCUUUGCACAUAGGGAUGGAAAACUGAUGUCCAACGAAGCUACAUCUUUGAGUAAUAUUGAAAUCAUUGAUAUUGAUGCCUUGCGAAGAGCUGAGGCUCGAUGUGAAAUUGAUGCAAGUCACGUCAGUAGCGGUGAUUGUAGAGUCUCUGAAUUUAGACCUGAAAUCUUGCUGGGUCGACCAAAAAAAUCACGGAAAUUAAAGAAGAUCACUCAUUGCGAUACAAGCGGAGACGGUGCACUUAAUCCUAGUCCUCUGAGUUUGUCUAAACUAAAAUUGCUCGAGACAGAAAUACAACAACACGAGCCGCCUGAGAUUUCUAGUGCAGCACAAAGCGAAGAACGGAACCCUGCAAGCUCAUGGAGCUCUGUUGUGAAAAAAAGUAGAGAUAAAUUAAGCUCUGGAAUUUGUGAGAGAUCUGGAGAUGCAGAAAAAGAAAUUGAUCUUGAAUCGAAGAUGCUCCAGCGAAUGGAACCAAUUUCGAUUAAUCAACCCACAUUCCCAGGAGAUAGGCUCAAGAACGUUAAUAAGACAUUUGAUGAGGAUAAUGAAACUGAAGAAUGUCCGAAACCAAUCUUGACUCCUGGAAAUGAAGUCAACGAGAUUUUAGAUGGAUGCAGGAGAUAUACAGCUGUACAAGAUGAUCGCUUGCAAAAGUGUAAGGAUACUAGAGUUCACAGAGAUAUUAAAGACCAAGUCAGAGAAAAAGUCAAUGAAUCUAUGGAGUUAGAAUUCUCUGACUCUGUUCCGUUUUUAUCUACUCGCGAAAAAGAUACCCUGAAGUGCGACUACCCAGCGCAAUCUUUAGAUUGUGACCAAAAUCUCGCAGAAGAUUCGGAAUUGUCAUUGUUGUUCGACAGUGAAGACAAGUCGUAUAUAAUUAGCAAAAGUGAGUCUGUAGCAACAUUGGUACAAGCUGGGGAACACUCAUCUUCAUCAGGUCGUUCCUCGAAAGAACCUUCACCUGAAGCAGAAGUAUCACCUUCAAAAGAAAAUGAUAUUGAUCCAGAACCUGCAGCUGUCGACUCUUUAAAUUUGUCCGAUGAUACGAACGUAAAUAGUAAUAUGAUGGAUACAGAGGAAGAAAACUCGUCAAAGGAAAAUAUUGACAAGGGUCCUGGAAAUGGUUGUACAACUGCUAAAAAGGGGAGGUCGAAAAAGAAACGACGCAGAUGAGUAAAGGAAUGUGUAGACGUGCAAAAGGCCAGCCUUGCCUUAUAUUUACUUUUUAUGCAUGUCACCGGAGUUGAUUAGCAAAUUGUUAUUUAUAAUUUAAAUACUUGAAAUGUCUUGAUCGAUUAUCAUCUAUAUAGCAGCAUAGUCAACAGUAACAAAUAGUAUUGUACUCCUGGUGUAUUGGAUUAAAAUAUAACCCUUCUGACUACACAGACUAUAAUCCAAUAAGCCAGGCAUAUAAUAAAUAAAGUCUGGUUUACAAUGGGACACAUACGCUGUACAGAUGCCAUACUUGGAAAUAAUAUUCAUGCGUUCGCUCAUCGUUAUUAAAGUGUAUUGUAUCUAUGACAAGUACGUGUUCCAUUGUAAACUGGGUUUCACAGAAUUGUAAGUUAGCUUUAAACUUAACUUAUUGUGUUCAAGAAUUGUAAGCCAGUUGGGUAUAUUUAAUGGCAAUUAAGGUCUCUAAUUUAUAGUAACCCAGGCACUUCCAUCUACAAGGUUAAUGGAUGAAAUUUGGACACUGUAGUCACAGGAUACAUAAGGGCGGCAUAGAAUUAUUAAAAGGCAUAGUAAAUGAUAAUGCAUCGGGUUUAUGCGAGUGAGUAUUAUAGCAAGCCUUAUGCACACCAAAAGUGUAUCACUGUAUUCCUUUCAAUGCCACCACUGACAAGUAUUAACGUCAGCUAGGAAAUACGAGGCUUUUCAUGAUUGUACUUACCACAACAAUGCGUGAAGCAUUACCCUGACAACGCAAUAAUUUUCAGUACCCCGUUGUUCUAUAUCUAGGUAAUUGUUCCUUUAUGUUCACAAUUGUUCACUCUUACUGUCAUGGUAUUCUGUCCUACUAACUAAUUGUCGUAUUUGAAAAUCAGAAACUGGUGUUAAUUGACCGCUAGGUGUUCAGCAGAAAUUAUUAAGAAAUAUUUAAAAAAAUAAAAAAAUAAAAAAUAGAUAGAAAAUGCAGGAGUAAUAGAAAAAAAAUUACAAAAGCUUAUGCAAUUUAUUUGAAUGUAGCUAUCACUAGGUACUACAUACACAACCUUAAAGCACGGAAAAAAUUGCUAAAAAAAAUUAUACUUAGAAAAAUAGAAACACAUCAACUACACUUAGGUAAGAAAACUGUUGUGUUAUACUCGCUUCGUAGCAUGAUCUUAUUGCUGUAUUGUUCGUCGUCAUGAUUUAGUAUCUGAUUAUCAGCUUAUAACUUAUUGACCGGUAUCGAUAGGAAAUUUUAGGGUAGCCAGUUGAAUGAUAAUAUGCAUUAACAACGGAAGUCAACUUACCCACUUUUAAUUUUAUGGCUCCUGACGAAUCUUCAAACCUUCAGAUAUCGUUAGCAAAUUGUGGAGUACAUUUGAAAGAAUGCAGAAUAUAUUUUUUGAGAAUGAACGAAUUAGGUUCAGAAUUAAAAAAAUACUAAAAAAAAUAUACACAACGUAUAUUUGUAGAACAUACGUUGCCCUAUUGCUUUCAGCUCGUUAUUGUCUGCCGCUGUUUAAUUCAACCGUGUAUUUAUGUUUUCUUCUGAUUAUUAAUAGUACAUUACGACCCUAAGCCCGAAAGUUUGAUUUCCUGGCCGCGUGUGAUAUAAAGGCCGAGGCGAAAGCAGUAGUUGUUCGCAACAUUAUCUAGAUUACGUAUAACUAUUAUUCAAAAAUCUGUUUGAUAAAAUCGUAAGAGGUAAUAAUUUCACGUAUGUACAAUAUAUACAUACAAACACGAUAAAAUAUUUUGAGAUACCAAAUGACAGGAGUUGUAAUAUAUCUGUUAUGAAUACAAGAGAAAAAAAGCGCUGAGAUAUGAAACAACAAAAAUUUAGUAAUAACUGUAUAAGUAUGACAUAAUUUGGGAUAACAAAGGCAUAAUUAAAGAAAUAGUUCUACGAACACGAUAAAGUUUGUUGUGACGAAAAACAUGGCAAACCGGUAUUUGCUGCAGUCCAAUCUUUGAGGAUGUUUACUGCUUUUAUUAUAUUCGUAUGAAUUUCUUAGUUAAAUUAUUCACGAGAAAUAAAAGUAAUUGAAUCAUGGACACUAUAAUUUCUAACAGCAGCUUAUAGUAUAUAUAUCAACAUUUCGAAAUUGUUCCAUGACAGAGGAUUGUAUUUUUCAGUUUAUUAAAUCUUCCCUCUCGAUAUGCAAUUUACCAUGGUGUUUACAAAUUAUUAAUGAAAAUGUAAAACAAGUACCAGUAACGUUUUGACUCUUACUUCAAAUAAAUCACAAUAGUAGCAUCUUGAUUUGUGUCAUACUGUGGUUCCUGCACAAAUCUGGAAAUGCCCUAGAAUUAGAGAAUUGUCAGGCCGACUGCAUAAUUGGCUGGUAAUACCUAUUACGGUAGCUGAAUUAUUAUAAUAAUAAACGAUUGGUAGGCAAUUUGCAGCUGGAGGAGACGCUCUCUUGAAACUGUCCGAACAUGCAGGCAUGUAUCUAUUAUUAUUUAGCUUAUACUAUAUUUAUUUUUAAUUAUAUAUUUAUUGCUGCAGCGUGUAGGUGUAUGUAUAUUUAUUUCUGCAAUUUUAUAACCAUGGGAGAACUAAUAAUCAAUAUUCGAUAUACAGUGAAUAUGGGGAAACAUUUUAUUUGAAUGCUCCAAUAAUCGUCAACAUUCAUGGAUAGGCAAUCAAGCAUUCACUCUUGAGACUCAAGUGGGAAAAGCAACAGAUUUUGUUUUGCCCAUCAUACGGAUUUGCCCAGAUGUAAACAUAGAUUGUAGACUUACUAGUUUAUUUUAUAGUAUGACUAUACACUCGAUUAUCAUAUUAUACGAGUAUUGUGCUCUAAUAUAGUUUAAGAUAUCGCAUGCUACAACAUAAGUAUUACAUGGACCAUCAAUAUGUUGAAUUUUGUGUGAAAAGGUCAGACUAUCAUGUCCAAUAGCUUUUGCUUACAAUUAGUUCUUAAUUGUAGAAAUUGUUCUUAUAUUGAGUGAAUUAAAAUAUAAGUUGGAUAGUUAGUGUGCAAAAUAUAUUAUACAAUCUAUCAGCUUAUAUGAACGUCACACGAGUAGGUUCAUGAAACCUACUAAAUUUUGAAACUAAUAAUAUGUACUGGAAAUUGGAAUACACGAAAGUAGUACAAAAAUUGAACUAUU